UUGUUACGUUUGGUAUGAUGCAAAUUUGAUAAUGUCAAUGUUGCGAAUACAAGGAACUUUUGUAAUAUUUGUUCGUAGGAGUUAAGUGAUUAUUUACACUGAAUUAAGGUGUUUUUUACUCUACGAUAUCAAAUGGUUCUAAAGACAUUCUUUCAAACCAAGGUGAACUAGACUGAAUUAUCAUCCAUUGUUGUUUUGUUUCCUAACAACAGAUAGAACUGUGGCAAAAUAACUAUUACUUUAGUUUUUCACUUUAUUUCGAUUCUUGUUUUUUAGCGAAACUUUAAAUUGUAGCAAUGGGUAUCGAUUUUCAUGUUUUAUAACUACAUUCUUGGACCGUAUUGAAACUAACUCGAUCCACAUCACCAUUUCAAAAAAAAUGGAGCAAAUGCAAACUUCCACCGGCCAAGUGCUCCCCCACAUCGUUCAAGUAUACCAGCCGACUAUAACGGACACCAAGAUACAGAGCAGGCAGAUAAUCCACCUGUCUCACCCCCCACUCACUUCACAGAGCAAUGUUUAUCAACAACCUAUGUCGGAGCCUCUGCAUAUGCCUUCACAGCAUAUCGCGCAUGAGAUUAGUCAGAUACAGACGUCUCAGAACUUAGUGAUGUCAUGUCAGCAGACUCAUUUGCAAAGUCUGCCAUUGCAAGGGCAAAUGUCUUCACAAGUCCUACAACCAUCGGCACCCUUACAAAUAACUUCCCAUGUAAUCCUACCACAAGCAGCCAUGUUUAAGCAGCACAUGCUGGUGAACAGCGUGCAGCAGCAGUACUACAGUUAUGAGGCCUAUCAGAAGGAUGAGGUGUUCCAGAAGGAAUGUGUGGCGAAAAUUGAGCCAGGCUUGCCGGCUAUCAAUGAUAAACAGAUAGAAUGCAAACCAGAACAAAUGGAAAUAACACAUCACUCAAUAGAAAUCCAGAUUGAAAAUAUAACAAACAAAAGGUCAAGAAGUCUGGUCCCUAACCCCAACCAAUGGGCCUGCAACAUAAGAAAACUGAAGCACCAACGGGGAGAGGCCUAUAUCAGUCGCCGGGGCAAAUACGUCCCAGAGCGAAGGGUCAGAAACACCAAAGACUGCCUCAAAACCUGCAAAUACAAAUGCAACGAGAGAAUUGAUGAUACAGACAGAGAACAUAUCUUCAAAGCAUUCUAUUCCUUAAACGCUAAUGAAAAGAAACACUUUUUGCUUAACACCACAGAAAGAAACUACGUCAAACAUAAUAAGUUAGAUGCUGAUCGCAAAAGAAAGUAUUCCUUUAAAUAUUUCUUCCUAGUAAGAGCAGUAAGAUACACAGUAUGUAAGAAUUUCUAUUUAGGAACAUUGGCGAUAUCUCAAAAACCGGUCUACAACGUGCAUUUAACUAAAUCUGAGAUGAAUAUUCCGAAGCCAGACGGUAGAGGUCUAAAUCAGGCCAGUGCACAUGCUAUGCCUCAAGAAAUAAAAGAUAAGGUAAGAAACCACAUAUUAUCUUUCAACACAUUAGACGGAAAGCAAAUAAAGCAGUUUUCUAGAAAAAAACAGUACCUAGAUUCAAGUUUAAGUAUAAAGCAGAUGUAUACUAUGUAUUUUAAUGAGUGUAGUAAAGAUAAUUCAAUGCCUGUGAAAGAAUCUAUGUAUAGGAAGAUAUUUAAACAGGAGUUUAAUUUGCAUUUUAAAAAGACGAAAGACGGUCAGUUGUGCUGUCGGUGUAAAGGGCCGGUGAAAAAGAAGUCUUCGUAGAUAUAGUAAGGGCAUUCAUUGUAGAGGUGUUAAGUCUAAGAAAAAAGCGAUCAUGUCUACAAGUUUGACUACCAUACUAGAUGUCGCUUUAUGGCCCUCUUAGAGCAUUUAACCAACCCGAGUCGCCUUUAAGAUCUUACCCCUCUGUCGAAAACCUCUGCCAAUGGUCAAUGGUCAUACUCACGUCAUACUUAUUGUACGGACUAACGUUUAUCUAACAUGGCUAGUCGUACGUAAGUUUACGUAACGUACAGUGUACAGUCCGCUGCAGAGAGAGGUCAAUCAAGCAGUCUAUGCAGGGACCCCUGCCUAGACUAAUUGUAUGUAGGAGGGGUCAUCUCUCUCUGCAGCUGACUGUACUUAAUGCAGUGAUUCUGGUUGUCAAUAGUUGAUUCGGUGAACUACUUUACAUGGUGUAAGGUGGCCCCUUAGCGCAUUUAACAAACUGGAGACGUCUUGUCGGUAAUUUUCUAUACAAAACAGUCUGCCGAUUAUACUAUUGCCGUGAAGGGGUACGUAACGUACAAAUAGCCAUACAUUUGACCCCCAAUGGCCCCGUGUAAAGUAGUUUACCGAAUGUCAUGUCAGAUAAACGUCAGUCCAUACAAUACAUAACAUAUGACCAGUGGCCGAGGUUUUUGACAGAGGGGUAAGCUCUUAAAGGCGACUCCGGUUGUUAAAUCCUCUAAGUCCGAGGGGAGCCGGUGCUGUCAAACUGGUCUAAUUUGACAGACAUUCAGACGUACUCUCAGAGUAAACAACAAUUGAAGCGAAUAUACACUAAGAUUUUAAGAGUCGAAAUCGAAGCACGAUUUUUUUUUGACAACAAAUUUUCUACACCAAUAACUGUUUGGUGCGGGGUAUAGCUUGGAUAUAGGAAAGCCAAGUUAACACCAAGCUGUUACCAGUGGUAACUACUGGGAAUUUUUUUCCCACCUUUUACUACUGGGAACGGCUGGGAAAAUAAAAUCCCAAUACAUGUAGCUACCACCAUUUUGGUUUGGUGGUACGCAAACCGGGUUUUUUUCCCCAGUGGUAAAAGGUGGGAAAAAAAUCCCAGUAGUUACCACUGGUAACAACUUGGUGGUAACUAGUGGGAAUAACCCGUUUAAAAUACAUUCAACGCCGCGCUUUUAUUUUGCAUACUAAAAUCGCCCACAUGUGCCCGGCGCGGCAGCGAAAGGCUUAACACAUUCACUGCCUGGAACCCACCUGGUGGGCGCUCGUGAACUUUGUUCAGAUGCCGGACAACCCGCUGGGCGGGUUGUUUUGUACGCAGCUAUAGACCACCGGUUUCUGGGGUAGUGCGCCGUUUUUUGUCUGGCAGUGAAUGUGUUAAUGGAUCAAGAUGUUGUUUCUUAGGGCAUUUCCUAUGUGACAAUUUCUCCCUAGAAUUUUGUAAAUACUAGAUGUAAACUAAAGGUAACAUUUGCAUUUAACUCUUAGCACCUUUGUUAGAUUUGCUAAGAGCACAACCAGUGUAAAGUAAACCUAAAGUUAUUACAAUAAAGUUCAAUUUGGCAAGUUACUUUAUCGUGUGAAGAGCACGCAUCAAUUGCCACUUUAUGUAUUCUUAAGCGAAUAAAAUGAUUAAUAUAUUUUUACUAUUAGAA